UUAUUCUCUCUCACAUUAUUCGUUGACAGUGACAUCUGUUUGUCACUAGCUACACUGAUCCAUUGACAGUUGCUAUGUACCAUGUGUUGCUGACUCCCGGAGAUUUCCGAUGUUCUCCGAUUUUCACCGAUAUCCAGCAUAAAACGAGAAAGAAAAAAUGUCUCACUGGCAUCAAGCUUGUUGUACGUACAGUGCGUGUUCUCCCAUUAAGCACAAACAAUGGUGUUAAAAAUAUAGUUUUUAUACAAUCCCCAAGUAUUGAAAAAAUUCCCCAGUGACCAAGUGAUUUUUAAAUACCCAGUACUCUGAUUUUUUAAAUCAUCAAUAACGAGUUCGUGACGCCGGGGCGUAUCCCAAAAAAUUUGAGGACUCAUUGCUCCAAUUUUUUUGACACAAUUCCAACAAUUUUCUACAUUCAUACAACGAUACUCCGUAACCAAACCACUGCCAAGUUGUGUAUUAGCACAAACUCCGACUAGAUAAAAAUCGUUCUCAGGGCAAUCCAUGAGUCUUCCUCAAGAACAAGAACAAAGAACCAAUUUAUCAUUAAUCAUCGUCCUGAAAAAAAAAAAUGCUGAAUUCGUCACGAAGAUUUCCGUGGAACCGAUGACUCGUCAGCACAGGAAUUAACGCAUUUCUUUACAAAAACGAAAGAGAGGCAAAAAGAAGAGAUCAAGAGCUACAAUCAAGAAGUCCUUGAAUAAAUUUCAAGUGUUAAGAGGUGGUUAACAACUCCACUAGCACUAGCCAAUGUGUGACUCGACUGACGCUUAUGUACAAAAACUCAGUUACCUCCACCUGGGGGAUGCAGUAGAGCAAGCUGUGUCGCAUGGCACUGGCUCCAAGCCAGAGGGCCAGGUGCCAGUGCCAAGCCCCCAGCACCAUCAUCCACAGUACCAUCCGCAGUAUCGUGAUGUACGAUCAAAUAGAUCGCUGGUAGCUAUCGAUAAUUUUAUCGAUGAUCCGGGAGAUCCUCGACAAACAUCAGGUGAUUACAAGCACUAUGACAGAGAUAACAUUUCCACAACGAGAUUUCCUCCAAAGUCCUUGGAUCCAAUUGAUCAGGAUCAGAAUCGUGGCCAUGCACCACUGUACGAGAAUAUAGAGUACUAUCCACCAUCGGCCCCAACUCAUGCCCCUUACUACCACGCAAUAGAUAAGAAGAGUCCUAGAGGUAGUCCUCGAGCCUCACUCGCUGAAUCCUACGAAGCUUCAUUCAGAAAAGCCCAGCCCCAGGUGCCCACUGGCAAUCGCUACCAAACAUCCUCCCCAGCGAAGGAACUACCACCAUACGAAGCACCCCCAGUCUAUGAGAACAUCCAAGAAAUAGCCUACCAUGAUCCAGAGCCGCAGAACAAACCUGGCCCCCAAGUGCCAAACUACUACCACACCACCAACAUCAACGGAGGUGACUACGUUGUGAUGACUGGAAAAGCCCAGCAGCAGAGACCGACUCGUGUCCAGUCGUACGACGCAGCACUGGGGACAAAUCCCUCAAGAUAUCUAGUAUCAUCGAACUCAUCUGGGGAUCUGCAAGCUGGGAGGAGUGCCUAUGUUCCACCCUCCGAGCUCCAGCAUCCGAGUUCCCCGAGAUCGUUAUCGAAUCCUUAUCAAAGCGAUUCACCCCCAAUUCGACUGCCAGCGGAGGCUCAUUAUCGAGGUAAUUCUGAGAUUCAUGGGGCCCACAACUACCGGGGCUUCACCCAGCCUGAGGCAUAUCGUCAGGAGAAUGGACAGAAUUACAAGCAUUAUGUUGAGACAGGUCAGGGACGCGCACCCCAAGUGCCGUCUCCGUCGUCGAGACCGAUGCCUGCGGGGUACCAAAGGAAUGUCACUGGGUCCUGGAAUCCUCAGAAUGAACGGCGAGAUUACCCGAGAAAUCCAGGGGUGUAUCCGCCCAGUCGUCCGGAAAUGAGGAUUAAUAUGCAGCAGAGUGAUAAGACCUCCGAGGGACAUGAAUCACCAACAUCAAACAGGAGUUCUCCCCUCUAUGCGAUUCCUCACGCUGGUCGCGAGCAGAGAAAUCCCAGUCAGGAAGUGAAGAAUUCACCCAAGACCAGUCCCACUCACGUACCAAUGAGCCCUCAAGGACAUUUGAAUUCAUCAAUUGUCUCAAGACAAGUUCCAGCUACCAAUGCAGCCACUUCUGCGGGUUCUCCUGUUCGAGGACAGGUCCAGGCGGCUGUGACUAGUGCAGCAACAAUAUCGAGCGAUGAUUUAUCGAGAAAUGCUCCCAGGAUCACGAGUUUACCGCCGGGUGUUACCAGUGGAGUUGCUGGACCAGUGUUCCUCAAUGCAGGGGUUCCUGUGCUUCAGAAAUCCAUUGAACCCGAGGAGAAGAGAACAGCGAGUCCAAAGCCUGUGGCGGGAAAAGGUCUGUUACCUUAUAAUGUCACUCCACCCAGGCCUUCCGGUCCUACAGAGGCAGAGCGGAAGAUUGAGGAGCUCACCAGACAACUUGAAGAGGAGAUGGAGAAGCAAGAGGAGGAGGGAGAGUACUUUGGAAUUUGUCACACGUGCGGGGAGAAAGUUACUGGUGCUGGACAGGCUUGUCAAGCUAUGGGAAAUCUUUAUCACACUAAUUGUUUCAUCUGCUGCUCCUGUGGACGAGCUUUGCGGGGAAAGGCGUUCUAUAAUGUACAUGGCAAGGUUUACUGCGAAGAGGAUUAUCUGUACUCUGGAUUCCAACAGACUGCGGAGAAAUGCGCGAUUUGCGGACACCUCAUUAUGGAAAUGAUUCUCCAGGCUAUGGGUAAAUCGUAUCAUCCUGGGUGCUUUAGAUGCUGCGUUUGCAAUGAAUGCCUCGAUGGUGUUCCAUUCACUGUUGAUGUAGAUAAUAAAAUUUACUGCGUUAAUGAUUAUCACAGAAUGUUUGCACCAAAAUGUGCUUCGUGUGGUAAAGGCAUCACACCGGUUGAGGGUACAGAAGAAACUGUGAGAGUAGUAUCAAUGGAUCGUGAUUUCCACGUAGAUUGUUACGUUUGCGAGGACUGUGGUAUGCAACUGACUGAUGAGCCGGAUAAACGCUGUUAUCCACUGGACGGUAGACUCAUGUGUCGUGCAUGUCACAUUCAAAGAAUAUCCCAUACUCAACCACGUGCACCACAACCAGUCUCCGCUAGCUAUCAAUUCAUGGGUUAAUCUUUCAUUUUAUUUCUGCAAACUAAUUUAUUAAGUAAUUCUAGAGACCAAUAUUUAUUAUUUUAACAUUCUUUUUUAUUUGAAUCCACACGAGGAGUCUGUUGCUGUGAUAAAUGAUAAUAGCAUAAUUUGUUUUUAAUUCAUCUUGACACGAAUAUUUUUUUAUAAUUUUAAUGUUAGGGAAUGCGAAUUCAUGGAAUACUAUACCUAUCAUAACCUCGAUGUCCAUAAUAUUGAUAACGUAAUUGCUAGAUGAUUAUCGUCAUUCGAAUCACUAUCGCUCCAGCAUCAGCUAUAUACUCCAGUAGUUUUGAAAUCGUUGUAGAUAAGUACUUAUUUAUAUUCAACGUACAAACGGUGUAUACCAUUGAUUAAUACAAUAAAACCUUCAAAUUCAA